AUGUCUUCUACCAUUCAAUCAAUCACAAAUGCCAUCCCUUCUUUGGGACGAGCGAGAUUACUUAUCAACUCUGCAGAUGAUGUGGUAGUUGUCAGUGCUUGCAGAACAGCUGUAACGAAGGCGAAGAAAGGUGGAUUCAAAGAUUGUUUACCUGAAGAUCUCCUUGCUGCAGUACUGAUCGAGACUCUGAAGAGAAGUAAAGUAGAUCCCUCCAAAAUCGAGGAUAUUGCGGUAGGGAACGUACUUCCUCCCGGAGGUGGUGCCAAUGUAGCAAGAAUGGCUCAACUUUACGCCGGUAUUCCAUACACCUGUCCCAUCAAUACCGUCAACAGACAGUGUUCAUCCGGCUUGACCGCUGUAGCUCAAAUUGCCAAUGAGAUUAAAUCAGGAGAAAUCGAUAUCGGUAUCGGUGCCGGUGUCGAACAUAUGACAGCACAUUACGGAGCUGGUGUUCUUCCCGAAAGAAUGUCGGACGAAGUACUUUCAAACCCAGAGGCUGCCGAUUGUCUUAUUCCUAUGGGUAUCACUUCCGAGAACGUUGCCAAGCAGUACAACAUCACUCGAGAUGUACAAGAUACCUUCGCAGCCAACAGUUUCGGUAAAGCCGCCGAUGCUCAAAAGCAAGGAAAGUUCAAGAGCGAAAUUGUACCAGUCAAGGUCAAAUGGACCGAUCCAAAAACUGAAGAGGAAAAAGAAAUCAUCGUUGAUGCAGAUGAUGGAGUUCGAGCAGGUGUAACGAAAGAAAGUCUUGCCAAACUCAAACCGGCGUUCUCAAAAGAAGGUACAACACAUGCUGGUAACGCGUCGCAAGUCUCAGAUGGUGCUGCAGCAGUCCUUCUCGCUCGACGAUCAGUAGCUCAGAAACUCGGUUUGCCAAUCCUGGGAAAAUUCGUAGUUUCAGCUGUGGUUGGAGUCCCCCCCAAACUCAUGGGUAUCGGUCCUGCAUUCGCCAUCCCUAAGGCGCUUCAAAAAGCAGGUAUUACUAAGGACGAUGUCGAUUUCUUCGAGAUAAACGAAGCAUUCGCUUCUCAAGCAGUCAUGUCAAUCCAACACCUCAAUCUUCCGUUUGAGAAAGUCAACCCAGUUGGUGGUGCUAUCGCGAUGGGUCAUCCUCUUGGAGCAACCGGUGCUAGGCAGAUUGCAACUGGAUUUGCUGAGGCGAAGAGAGAGAAGAAGAAGGUCUUCGUUACCAGUAUGUGUAUUGGAAGUGGAAUGGGUAUGGCGGCUGUUUUCGUUAGCGAGCAAUAG